AUGGCAUUGAGCGAAAAUGAGGAGGUUAAGUUGAUAGAAAAGGCAGAUUUGAGAUUCGUGCUUGCUUCAUCGGAAGAGGCGUUCGAACGCAAUUUAGACAUCUUCUUCCCUGCAGUUCUUCUCAAACUGGCAUCACAACAUGCAUCUGUGCGCCAGAUGGUAUUUCAGGUUGUGAAAAAUGUGAUGGGUCGCAUAGGGGCGCUAAAAAGCGUCAAAUUACCCACUGGAAAGCUGAUUGCCCAAGCGAAGGCAAAGUCGUGCGACUCGCCUGCCGUUGGACAGUACAGCCUUCUGUUUGCCUCUCGAGGUGUGGAACGUAUGAGCGAAAAGGAGAAACAGGAACUAGUUCCAGAAGUCAUUGAGGGCUUUUCACUUGUUCCAGAGUCCCUCAAACCACGCAUGUUCAAUGUGCUUUGUAAACUUCUUCUGAGCUGGAAAACGCCCCUGAAGGCUUCUUCCGAGGAGCAGGUAAUUCUUGAAAAGCUGGAUGUGGGGUUAAUGGACGAUAAGCUGUUUUUGCUAGAGAAGUUUACGUCGUUCUUCUUUCUGAGCCCAUUGAAAGCGGACCCACAAGCUAAUGUCAUACCCCGUGGUUACAGCUGUCCAGGUCUCAGCGUUUCUGAGGUUGAGUUUUUCACCUACAACGCAGGCGUAAGUUUUAAUAAAGAGCAACUCUUGGCGUACAAAGAGGCCAUUUUCAGGCUCGUCAUAAGCGGGUUUUUACCGGAAGAUAUGUUGGUCAAGUUUUUCACCGUGGUAUCGACCGAUACCUCAGACCUUUCGAACCAGGCCACUGGGUUACUCAAGAAGGUACACAUUCCCUAUGAGGAUGUAAAAUUCAUCGAUAGCGUAGUGGGUCUUUACAUUGGUGACAGUAAUUUGGGAAGGCCGCCUGUAAUACCAGUUCUGCAAGAGAAGCUACUUUCUUUAAUGACCAGCAGUGUGAUAGCCACAAAGGAUUUUAAAACUGUCAGUGUCAUCUUAUCAAUUGGAUUAAACUCAUCAUUCUUCAAACUUCGAUCUGCUGCGUUGCAUUUCAUCCAGCAUGUCGCGAGGUAUAAUCAUGCCGCCUUGGCGUCUCAAGAUGAUCUCUCCGAUUUCUCAACUAAUAUUGCGUCUCUGAUACGCAAUAAUCUACAUAGCGAAGGCUGGCCCCGCUUCCAACUUAAUUCAUCCGUGCCCAAUUUUGCUUUGAGCUUGGAGCAAAGACGCAAACAAUAUGAAACCUUGGGCAUUAUAUUGAAGCAGGAUGAGUAUUAUGUGCAAGAUCUUUCUUUUGUCAGGUUUCUUCUGGACUCAAUGAGAGGCGAUCUGAGCAUUUUUAGAGCGACUAUUCAAGAUGCGCUAAACUCUUUGACUCCUUUGAUGAAAUCGCUUUCUGCUGAGCUGAAAGUUAAGCUUAAAAACAUUGCCACGAAAACACUCAACGACAAUUACGACAUGUAUCAUGGCACCGGAGAUGACAAAGAGGCGCUCAUGUUCUGUAGAGUUGUGAUGAUCAAAUUUAUCAAUUCUGCAUUUCCUUUUGAAGAUGCCGAAGCUAGAUACCUUAAUGUUAUGGGAACGUGGAAAGAAAACCGCUUUGACCUUAAAGAAGAAUCUUUGAAAGGUUUGCACCCAUACUGGUAUAGGGUUACGCAGUCGUAUGAUGCUCAGCUUACAAGACCCAAGUAUAAGAUAGAGAACGAUGAAAUUGAAGAGGUCAUGUUUCCCGAUACGCAAGAGUUGAUCAGGCUUUUUAAUGUAAACCUAGAAAAUCUGGACAACCGCGACCUUGAUACUUUUUCUCAAACAUUGGACCAGGCAGUGAGAUUUAUAUUCAGAAACGCUGUCAGUCAAGCUACGCUCAAAAGGAAAGGAACUUCAAUUGUUCAGGACGAACACUGGCUACAGAGAGUUGAUAACUCUCUGAAGAUCGACGACAAUAUUCGUUCUAUGGUGAAGAAGGAGAUUUUGGGAGUUAGCGAGGAAUUAAUGCUAAAAUUCCUAACAACAUUGAUUGAAGAAUUGAUUAAAGGGAAUUUUGCAUACAACGAACCGCAAAUAAACAGCGAUGAGAUUUCACUUAGCACACUGGUUGUGGUCUUCGCGGAAUGUACACAAGGUGCUGUAAUUCAGCAAUUACAGAGCUCUCUCAAGAAUCUGCACAGUGCCCUUGGUAAGCACCAAUUUCUGCCAGAACAUGACGCUGGUUGUAUCGCAAAGCUCUAUGGUAUCAUUUUCUCUAAUACAGCUACAGAGAACGACACUGUUGAGCUGCUUAACAGCAUCGAGAUACCGAUAGAAUCGGCCGAUUUUCUCGCAGUAAUACACUCGGCCAGUCAUUCUAUUCCCCUCACUUUUUUGAACGGAAGGUCUGUUAACCGUAGUCAGCUCAUGAAUUAUGGUGAAAAACUCACAAUGGCAGCGGGCCUUCCUCAAACGCAACUUGUUGCAAUGAAGGGCUUGGCGCAGCUAUUAAAAUAUGGCCUUCUGGAACAGCUGGAUAUAGAAUCGAAGUCACAAAUUCUCAAGGAACUUACAACUCUCUUCAAAAAAAAUAUGCUGAAAAGUCGAGAUUCCAUGAUCCUGUGGGCGCUUCUUUCAAUGUAUUCUACAGACUCAACAACUGCUGAGGUGUACUUUGACGCUUUGCAAGAAACUCAUGUCUCAAAAGAGAUCAAUCUUCAGUUUUUUACGGGUGAGGCGAUAUCGAUCGUCGCUGGAGGAUGGAGGUCGAAAGUUCUUGUUUAUGAAAACUUCCUGAAUGAUGAUAUCAUCUCAGGUUUAGCGUCUCAGUUUGAUGGUAGGUUCUCAGCAUCGAUUUUACCCAAAUUGCUGAAAUGUUGCGAGGCCACUAAGCCUUCCCUGCGUAAGGCCGCCUGCAUUUGGUUACUUUGUUUUGUGAAAUACCUCGGGGACACAAAUCUUGUGCGCACAAACGCGGAGGAUAUACACCUGUGCUUUGUACGCUUUCUCGGAGAAAGCGAUGACAUCAUUCAAGAUUCUGCUAGUAGAGGCCUUGGGCUGAUUUUUGACUCGUGUGAUAAAGAAGGACAAGACAACAUGCUAAAAGGCCUCCUGAAAUCAUUCAUUGAUCCGAAAGCUACAACCGGAGUGACUCCGGGUACAAUCACGUCUGAAACGCAACUUUUUGAGCCUGGAACAAUGAACACCAACGAGGGAUCGCUGACAACAUACAAAGACAUUUUGAGUUUAGCUAGUGAAGCUGGUGACCCAUCGAUGGUUUACAAGUUCAUGCCUCUGGCAAGAAAUUCAGCUCUGUGGUCGUCAAGGAAGGGUAUGGCGUUCGGGCUUACGUCAAUGUUUUCUAAAACAUCCCUUUCAGAUCUCUUCACGUCAAAUAGAACUUUUGCUGAAAAGCUUGUUCCCCUGCUUUACAGAUAUCGCUUCGACCCAUAUCGAAACGUCGCAGACGCAAUGAACGGAAUUUGGCAAACCCUGAUCAAAAAUACCGCUGAAACAGUUGCUCAGUUUUAUGAGCCUAUACUUCACGAAACGCUAAAAGGAAUGGGUGCAAAGGACUGGAGGGUAAGAGAAGCUAGCGUGUAUGCCUUGACGGAUCUCCUAAGCUCGAGCGGUGAAACCCUGUACCAUAAGAAUCUAGAGACAGUAUGGACAAUGACAUUUAGAGUCAUGGACGACAUCAAAGAAAGUGUGCGAUCCGCUGGACUCAAACUUGCCAAAAAACUUUCAUCAUCUUUGGUUCGUUCUGCGGCAAAUAAUAGUGGCCAAAGCAGCGAUAUGCAAGAAAUAUUAACGAUGCUCAUACCACUGUUCUUAGGACCCAAGGGUUUGAAUAGUGACGCAGAUGAGGUGAAAAGCUUUGCGCUCGAAACCCUAAUCAAUCUCGUCAAAGAAUCCAAAAAAGCGCUCGAGAAAUUUGCCCCAUCGUUGAUCUACGAGUUUUUAAUGCUCCUGUCACCGCUCGAGCCUCAAGCAAUUAACUACCUGACCAUGAAUGCCGACAAGUACAACAUCAGCGCUGUGGCUGUUGACAUGCAAAGAGCCACUACGAUCCAAAGCUCUCCAAUGAUGAAUUGUGUCGAAGGGCUUCUCGGUCUAUGUACAGGUGAUUUGCUCUCCGCCGCAGUUGAAAGUGUUAUUUUAGCGUCUAAGAAAGGUAUUGGUCUUCCUUCAAAAAUAGGCGCCACAACGGCUAUUGAAUUGGUGGUUGGUAUGAAUCCCAACGAUCUGAGACCGUUCGGAGCCAAACUACUUAAAGCCUGCUUCUUGGGCUUGAACGACAGAAAUAGGACUGUUCGCGAAGCCUAUGCUACAAGUCUUGGCCGCGUGUGCAAGCUUUGCACACCCGCGAGAGUUAGCAAGUACGGAGGUAAGCUGGUAGACAAAUUUAUGAGCGCCGACAACGAAACUGAUCAGAUUAUUGUGGGACUGGCUAUUGAAUCAAUCCACAAAUACUCACCUGUAAUGUUUGAAAGCGUCGCAUCUGCGUUUCUACCGUUCAUUUUUGUCGCGAAACAUAGUGAAGAUAAUGUAUCAGAAGUGUUCACGAGGGUCUGGGAUGAGGCUACAUCUUCGGGCACAGGAACAGUCCGACUACACCUUGCUGAAAUUGUAAGUCUGGCAAGCGCAAAUCUUGGGUCUCCAGACUUUAAUGUUAGGUUGAUGUGCGGCAAGAGCGUCUGCGAUGUUUGUACAUAUGCAACACCAAACGCCCCUGUAAAGAUUAUCGAACAGCUGUGUACCGCACUUCUCGAGGCAUCAAAUGGUCGCUCCUGGCAAGGAAAAGAAGUCGUUAUCGAGUCAUUAGUGUCGUUGGCCGCAAAGUUCGAGUCAAUAUUGUUAAGGAGUGAAGAGCAAACAGCAGCGCUGGAGACACGGCUGGUAACAGAACUAACAAGAGAUAAUAGCGAGUAUGUCCGCAAAGUCCUCUUAGUGGUAUUGCCAUUAGUCACGAAAUUUCCAGGCACAAAACUUCUGGACAAGAUCCUAGAGGUUGCGCAGAAGGUAAUUACAGAUAUCGACAAUAAUGGUUUGGAUGCGGCUUCUGAAGCUGGCUCCAGUGACGUCAAUCACAAGAAACAAAGACUUACUUCAAGCGUCACUCGAAAAUCGCAAAGGGACAAUGUAUUAAGCGAAGAGUACAAAAUCACACUUUUGAAGGGGUGUGCUACUAUGCUUGAGGCUUGUAUAUCAGCUAAGCGCUCAAAUGUGCUUCUUGAACUUAUAGCUGCGUCAACAAUUGGCCUUUUUGAAUCUCAGACCAUUGUCAAUACAUGGAGAAGCCAAAUUGCUGUCUCAGAAAUUGGAUAUCUGAUUGCAACUAGAGAGGGCGAUGCUAAAAACGAUGAGAUUACAGACUUUCUGAAAAAGCUUUGGAGAAAAUCCUUUGAGGAAGCAUUCAGAGAAGAAGCUAUUGAAAAUGUGAAGAUUCAAUGCGUGAAAUUUGGAAAGGUGCUCCUACAAAAGAAAGUUACUUUCAAUUUUGUAGUUGUCAGCAAUCUUCAAGAGCUACUGCGCUCCGAUCCAACUCCACAAGUAAUCACUGCACUUCAUAACGCUGGCAUUGUGUGA